AUGCAGCGAUGUCUCUUGCAGCUCCUUAGGCUACCUAGCUCUAUAAGAUCCCAAUAUGCAUCUGGAUUCCUCUCCCAAACCCGCGCAUUCAGCGCCUCGGUAGCCCUCCGCGCUCAGGUUUCAAAGCCUAUCUCAGAGCUGGAGCGCCGCAUUCAAGCCAUACCCAUUGAACGCUUCCGCAACUUCUGCAUCGUCGCACACGUCGAUCAUGGCAAGAGUACGCUCAGCGAUCGGCUGCUGGAGCUCACGGGCACGAUUGCACCGGGUGGGAACAAGCAGAUCCUAGAUAAGUUGGAUGUGGAGCGCGAAAGGGGCAUCACGGUCAAGGCGCAGACUUGUAGCAUGCUAUACAAUCACGAGGGGGAGGAUUAUCUGCUGCAUCUGGUGGACACGCCCGGGCAUGUGGACUUCCGAGCUGAGGUCUCGAGAUCUUAUGCUAGCUGUGGGGGAGCGUUGUUGCUGGUAGAUGCUAGCCAAGGCGUGCAAGCCCAAACUGUGGCUAAUUUCUAUUUGGCAUUUUCCCAAGGGCUGGUACUGGUGCCAGUGGUCAACAAAAUCGACCUUCCCUCUGCAGAUUCGCCAAGAGCGUUGGAGCAGAUGCAGACGGCGUUUGAACUGGCGCCAGAGAAUGCGGUAUUAGUUUCUGCGAAGACGGGACUUAAUGUCGAGCAGCUGUUGCCGAAUGUUAUAAGGCAGAUACCUCAUCCUGUUGGAGAUCACACGAAGCCACUGAGACUUCUACUGGUGGAUUCUUGGUAUGAUAAUUACAAAGGGGUAAUUUUGCUCGUACGGAUCUUCGAUGGGCAAGUUAAAGCGGGAGAUCAAAUAGUGUCAUUUGCCACGGGGAUCAAGUAUUUUGUGGGCGAAGUUGGGAUGAUGUAUCCCCAUCAAACACCUCUGAGCGUCCUUCGAGCUGGUCAAGUCGGCUAUAUAUUCUUCAAUCCAGGCAUGAAGAAGAGUCAAGAGGCAUUGAGCGGAGACACAUACACGACGGUUGGUUCUGAAAGGCUCGUUGAGCCAUACCCUGGAUUUGAAGAGCCGAAGUCUAUGGUUUUCGUCUCAGCAUUUCCUGUUGAUCAAAGUGAUUUUGGCCACUUGGAAGAUUCGAUCAAUCAAAUCGUCCUAAAUGACCGAAGUGUCACACUCCAUAAGGAGUCAUCAGAAGCCCUUGGGGCAGGUUGGAGGAUGGGUUUCCUGGGCACACUCCACUGUUCCGUCUUCGAGGAUCGCCUUCGCCAGGAGCAUGGAGCCAGUAUUAUCAUUACACCACCUACUGUGCCUUUUAAAGUCAUAUGGGCCAACGGGCGGGAAGAGAUUAUCCAGACUCCAUCAAACUUCCCAGACGCAGAUGUGAAUCGAGACCAGGUGGGCGAACUGCAAGAACCCUAUGUGUCUGCUACUGUAACGCUCCCCGAAGAGUAUCUGGGGAAGGUGAUAGAGCUCUGUGAAACCAACCGUGGCGAACAGAAGGAGCUUAAUUUCUUCACUGCCCGCCAAGUCAUCUUAAAAUACGACAUACCACUUGCCCAGCUUGUUGAUGAUUUCUUCGGCAAGCUGAAGGGUGCCACGAAGGGUUAUGCAAGUCUUGACUAUGAAGACGCCGGCUUCCGACGCAGCAGCGUCGUUAAGAUGCAACUCCUCGUCAACAAAGAACCGGUGGAUGCCGUAGCACGAGUUCUCCACACCUCACAGGUCGAUAGACUAGGCCGGCAAUGGGUGAAGAAGUUCAAGGAGCACGUCGACAGGCAAAUGUUCGAGGUCAUCAUCCAAGCAGCUGUGGGGAAGCGUAUCGUGGCGAGAGAAACGAUCAAACCGUUCCGGAAAGACGUGUUGCAAAAGUUACAUGCAGCUGAUAUUGGCAGAAAGAGAAAGUUGCUUGAUAGGCAAAAGGAGGGGAGGAAGAAGCUGAAGGCUGUGGGAAACAUUACGAUCGAUCACAAGGCGUUCCAGAAGUUCCUGGCUAAAUAG